GAAAAGACAAAAUUAUCUUUGUCACCAAAGAAGAUCAUGAAGCUCCCAGCAAUGCUGAGCUGGUAGAAGAAGAUCCCAACGACCCGUAUGAGGAGCAAGGUCUCAUCCUCCCUAGCGGUGAGAUCAACUGGAACUGCCCCUGUCUGGGCGGGAUGGCCAGCGGUCCCUGCGGGACGGAGUUCAAGGAUGCCUUCUCCUGCUUCCACUACAGCAAGGAGGAAAUCAAAGGCUCGGACUGCAUGGAGCAGUUCACAGCCAUGCAGCAGUGCCUGCAGCUCUACCCCGAGCUGUACCCUCAAGAAGACGAAGCAGCAUCCAAACAAAGCUCCAAAGACUCUGCUGCUGCUGAGGAGGACGAAGGGCCUUCGGGUUUAAACUCAACACCUGCCCUCGAGCAGGACUCUGAUACCUCAAACCCCAACACAGACGGCUCAGCUGGGAGCUAAUAGAUCCAGUAUGUGUGUGUAUGUAUGUGAGCCACUAAGCUCAAUGUCCACCUUCCAGCUGCAGUUCAUCUGUAUGGAUCAAAAGUUUUUCUUUUUUAAAGUUAUUUACUCAUACAGACUGGAAUCACUGACAGAAUUACAGCAUCCUGACUUAUUUGGUUGGAUUAAAAAUAAAUAAAUAAAACAAGCUUGAAAAUAAA